UGAAGAUAGUAAAAAAUAUGAACGUGACAUUUAAAGUGGCAUCGCCCUACGAAUGCGAUUCCAUUCACCUUUACAAUUUCAAGUACAACACGUUUGAUCCCACAUGGAAACAAUCCGUCAUCGGAUGCAAGAUCCUCAUGAUUCUACAGCACAUGUAUAAAUUCAGGUUCGGCUUCAUCAUUCGGCGUCCGGACUACAAGUUCUACAAGACAUUCUACAGCAAACCCUUCAUCAGGACCGUUUGGAACUGGUUGUAUUUCAUCGCAACGAUUGUCGCCAUCCUCUUCUAUAUCCUCAAGCGUUGGGAGUACAGUAUCCUCGGUGGAUGGGAAUGCAGCUUCGCCUAUGAAGUGUUGAUGAUUAUUGGGGCCUACUGUCAGCAUAGUAAGUUAUUUACUAUCGUCAUCAUAAAUUUAUUUAUUUUUGUGUCUUUUUGGGUACUUAUCUCUACCAAAAAAAAUAUAGUACCAAAAGUCCUUAUUCCCACAGUCCCCCCAAUGGAUGCAAAGCUUCCAUCGAGAAGGAUCGCCUACUUCAUUUUCUUCAUGUUCUCGUACGUCGUCUACACCUACUACACUUCAAACUUGCUCUCGGGCCUCGUGAACGAUCACGACAAAGUCCUUACUUUGGAGAUGUUGGCUGACAGUCCUCUUGAAUUCGUCAUAGUCAACUAUAUGCAGCUGUCUUCGGUUGGCAGCCUAAGCAGCUACGGCCACAAUAUUAGUGUGUUGAAAGACAAGUUGCUUCACAUGCGUUCGGUAUCUGUUCCCGAGGGUCUGGCAGACGUGCUGGAGAAUAAGGUGGCUUUACUGUCGGACUAUGCUACCAUUUACCCGUAUAUGAUAAAAAGUAAGUCUAUAUAAUCUUAGAGAUACAAGAAGAACAAGAAGAAUAGUUGAAUUUUG